GAGAAACCUUAGAGGACUUAUUUAAAACCGGGAAUGCGGACUUUAAUGAUCCUGAAGUAUUGACGAAUUUGGCGAUUAAAAUGCAGAAUGUGGCUUUAACCUUAGAACAGUUAAAUUGCACAGCUGAACUCAACUCUAUGGUUACUUUAGAGCGAAUAGUUAGGGUUCUGCCUCGGUAUAUGCAAGUUCAAUGGGCCGAAUUAGCGGUAAAAUGGAUUGAAGAAGAUAGAGAGCCUACCUUUGCUGAACUUACUGAGUUUGUAUUAUCACGAGCAAGAAUAGCUGAGAGUAGAUUCGGUCGGCUGGUUAAUCGGCCAAAACUAGGCAGAGAUGUAAAAAUGAACUGUCACCUUCAAUCGAAACCGGCGACCAUACCGAAUACUAGACAUAACUGUAGCAUUUGUACUGGUGAUCAUUUGGUUGUUAAAUGCCCUCAGUUUUUAGAGCUUACUGUUCAAGAUAGAUGGAAGCAGGUCAGGAAAAAAGGGAUGUGUUUCGCCUGUCUGAAGCAAGGGCAUAAGGUCAGUGAUUGUAAAACGACAAUGCGUUGUGGUAUCGACAAGUGUGAGAAAAAACAUCAUGUUUUGCUGCACGAAGACUCGACCAGCAAAAGGGUGGAUGAUAAACGUGAAUCCCAGCACUGUUGCGGACUCACUAGGUCAUUAAGCAGACAGGUAUGCCUAGGAGUGGUCCCAGUACGUGUGAAAUCGGAAACAGCAGAGAUUAUAGGAUACGCUCUUUUAGACAAUGGCUCUGAUUCUACGUUGAUAACGACAACUUGUGCAAGGGCUCUUGGAUUGCCAGAAAAUUGCGAGUUAGUUGUGGUACAGACCGUGAGUGGUGACAAAACGGUUGCAUGUACGGAUGCUACCUUUGAAGUGCUUUCUUUAGACCAGUUGGAGCACAUCGUGAUCGAAGGAGCGAUGGUAGUACCUAGCCUACCGAGGCAUAAGCCCACCAUGUUAGCAAUGAAAAAUCUAACAAAAUGGCCGCACUUAAAGGAUGUACCGGUAGAAAGUCUAGAAUCUGAAGACGUUUUAAUGCUCAUCGGAUGCGACGUGCCAGAGGCACAUUGGGUGUUAGAACAACGUCUAGGAGGGAGGAAGGCGCCGUAUGCGAUAAAGACACUACUUGGGUGGACUGUGUUUGGACCUACAUCAUAUUCGGAAUAUAGAAAAAGAGUUGUUAACCAUAUUAGUAACGCCCACGAUCUAGAGGAUCAGAUACGCAAACUAUAUGAUGUAGAGUUUGCUGAUGUUUAUUCCAGCGACAAGUCAGCGUCAGUAGAAGACCAAAUAGCUUUAGAGAUAGUGGAAAGAGGUACUCACUACGUUGAUGGUCACUUCGAAGUCCCAAUUCCAUGGAAACGGGACCCCUCCACGAAGGGGACUAACUAUGAGGUAGCUAAUAGUAGGCUACAAAGUUUAAGGCGAAGGUUGAUGAGAGAUGAUAGGCUACACGACAGGUACGCCAAAUGUAUGGAGGAUAAUGUCCGUAAGGGUUAUGCGCAAAGGGUACCUGAGUUGCACCUAAGGUCGGAUUACCGCCCUCGAUGGUAUCUACCCCAUCACCCCGUGUUGAACCCCAAAAAACCAGAUAAGCUGAGGGUGGUCUUGGACUGUGCCGCUAAAUUUGCUGGAACUUCUUUAAAUGAUAUGAUCUACCAAGGGCCGGAUAGCACCGCUGAUCUGGUAAGCAUAUUAUUACGUUUUCGCAAGGAAGCAGUAGCAGUAUCAGCAGACGUUGAGGAAAUGUUUAUGCAAGUAAAGGUACCCGAAGGUGACCGGGGAGCGUUAAGAUAUCUAUGGUGGGAAGGUGGGAAUACGUCUAAAGAGCCUUCUGAAUUUCAAAUGACCUCUCAUCCAUUCGGAGCUACGUCAUCCCCGUUUUGCGCGAACUUCGCUAUGAAUAAAACAGCUCUAAGCUUCUCGAGUGAUUAUGAGCAGUACGUUAUUGAUGCGGUAAAAAAUAACUUUUACGUUGAUGACUGCCUGAUAUCCUUUUCGAGUUGCGAUCAAGCGAAGAGAUUUGUCACGCAGAUAACCGAGUUGUUACGUAGAGGUGGGUUUAACUUAAAAAAGUGGGUUACCAACUCGGAAGAAGUGAGGUCUAUGCUACCGGAUAAGGGCGUCAAGGAAUCAUUGUUUGGAAUAUCAGCGGAUUGUAUCGUCACUCAUCGAACGCUUGGUAUAGAAUGGGAUGUAGUGCAUGACGUAUUCAAGUUCCGCUUUGACGCACCUGAUAAACCAGUGACGAGGAGAGGAAUCUUGUCUGUUGUUUCGUCCCUGUUCGAUCCGUUGGGUCUGAUCGCUCCGGUGUGCCUCACAGCUAAACUACUUCUGCAAGGAUUAUGUAAAUCCCAAAUAGGAUGGGAUCAACCUCUCAACGAACCGUACGUGUCCAAAUGGUUAGAUUGGUUAAGUUUCAUGCGUCAGUUAGGACAUGUCACCGUUACCCGAGGUAUUAAGAAUAGAAUCGACGAAGCUGAGGCAAAAGUGGAGUUGCACCUGUUCAGUGAUGCUUCAGAGAUUGGUUAUGGGGCGGUUGCUUACGCACGGGUAAGCUAUGCGAAGGUACAACCCUAUUGUGUCCUGUUAUACAGCAAGUCUAGGGUGGCACCUAUUAAACCAGUCACGAUACCGAGGUUAGAAAUGGCGGCAGCGGUCUUAAGUGUAAGACUGAGCGAGGUGAUACGGAAAAGCCUGCCCAACUUCUUCUGUGGAGUGAGUUUUCAUACGGAUUCUAUGAUAGUGCUAUACUAUAUUAAAAAUGCUGAAAAACGAUACACCAGCUACAUAGCUAACCGUCUUGCCGUUGUUCAUCAGUAUACUAGUAUUGAGCAAUGGAGUUAUGUCAGCUCAUCACUGAAUCCGGCAGACUGGACUUCAAGAGGUAUACAAAGGAUGAAUGAUCUAGAGACUUGGUUUAAAUGUCCAACUCUGCUGUACAAUGACUCGAGUACCACCACUUACUGCCCAGAACCUACUAUGGAUCAGGUAGAGUUCAGAAAAGCUAAGGUCAAUUUGAGUAGUACGGCUAACUCUCCGUCACCUAUCUUGUCCUAUUACUCGGAAUGGAUGAAAUUGGUUAGGUCUGUAGCGUGGCUCAGAAGGUUCAUAGACUUCUGGAUAAUACUUCAUUCGCCGAGUAUUGAAGGUUCCGUCGCGACAGGUUACCUAAAGGUCAAGGAGCUCGAGUCGGCCAAACGGAAGAUUCUGAUGGUUGUUCAAAGGGAGGCAUACGGAGAAUUACUAAACGAAUCCAACGUUAGUCAUAAGGAAGUGAGUAAUAAACGUCUGAGAGGUUUAUCACCAAUAAUGAUUGAUGGGUUACUCUGCGUCGGAGGCCGCUUAAUGUACUCCGAACUCCCGAGCGAGUCGAAACAUCCUGUGAUUUUACCUGGUCGACAUAGGGUAACCGAAUUGAUAGUUAGACACUACCACAAGGAAGAAGGACAUAUGGGAACCUCGCACGUGUUAGCUACGAUCCGCAAGUACUAUUGGAUAGUUAAGGGCACCAGUACGGUUAAAAGAGUAAUAGGAAGAUGUGAAACUUGUCGAAGGUUCACCCUAUGUCCAGGAAACCAGCAGAUGGCGCCACUCCCAGUUUACAGAGUGCAGAAGGGUUGGUAUAGUUUCGCGACGACAGGUGUGGACUACUUCGGACCCCUUAUGGUCAAGAAGGGUAGGUCACUAGAAAAAAGGUAUGGUUGUAUGUUUACCUGCCUGCAAACAAGAGCAGUACAUAUUGAGAUGGCAUACAGUCUGAAUACCGAUUCAUUUAUAAUGGCCUUAAUACGUUUCAUCGGAAGAAGAGGGAGACCGACGGAUGUAUUUAGUGACAACGGAUCUAACUUCGUGGGGGCAGUUGCAGAACUAAAGAGCUUCGUGCAACAGUGGAAUCAUCAAAAAAUUAGUAAGGAAUUAUCGUCAAGACAAAUUCAAUGGCAUUUCAACCCUCCACUAGCUAGCCAUAGAGGUGGAGUUUGGGAACGAAUGAUUAGAUCUAUACGAAGGCUGCUAUUAUUGAUCACCAGGGAACAAGUGUUAACAGAUGAAACCUUAGGUACGUAUCUGAUUGAAAUCGAGAGAAUUCUAAACGAUCGACCCCUAACCCCGGUGGUCCAGGAUGCUAACGACCGACUAGCUUUAUCACCCAAUAGCCUACUAUUGUUGAGGGAGUGUGACGGAAUAGCGGAGGAAGGAGGCAUUAGCGACAAGUUCCACAAACGUUGGAAACAGGUAAAUUACUUAGCCAACGUGUUUUGGAAGAGGUGGUUGAAGGAGUAUUUGCCUUGUUUACAAACCCGUCAGAAAUGGCUAAAGGAGCAUCGCAAUUUUCAGAAAGGAGACGUCGUCAUUGUCACCUCGGAUCUUACUACUCGUGGAAAAUGGCCCUUAGGAAUAGUAGAGGAUUGCGAGACAGAUAAGGACGGAAGGGUCCGAACAGUAGUCGUUCGUACUAAUAAUGGGGUAGCGAGAAGAGACAUACGAAGAGUGUGUCUCCUAGAAGGGUCCAACUAGACAGGUCAUAUCCACAUUGGGAUGGCGGGUGGGCGUACUGCUGUAAGUCCUACACGUUAUUCCGGUGUGGAUUAGGGGAUAACAUGGGAACCCUAAUUAAGGUGUCGUUAACGCUUGCUGUUUUUGCAUGGAGGGAUUUUGCGGGCCGGUGUAGAAUUCUUUUUGAAUGUUUUGUUUUUGGGAAAAUCCCUCCAUGUUUACAUAUUUUUGCCAUGACAUGAUGGACUUUUUCUCUUGACAUUUUUGGUAUUUUAUUUGAUUCCAAUUUGAGAUUUUACCAUUGUAUGUCGUUAUUCUUUCCAUAUUUUGUACCUAUAUUGAAGUUUUUGUGUUUGCUUCUGAAUUGUACAUAUAUUGUUUAAAUUUGAUAUAAUAUGGCUACCGCCACAUUUUUGGAUAGACGCAGUGGCUGCUGAACUUAGUGUCACUUACUAGCUAUUGUAAUAGAUACUCUACGGAGUAAUUUAGUCCUGGAAGAAACAUAAACAUCGUAAGUCUCUGUAUUUCCAUUUUUUAUAACAAUAGAGACGGUUUUCUCCUAGAAUUUUCGGCUUUCUGAUUUGGCUGGGACGGGGAUCUAGGAGAAUCGUACCGGUGUGUUUCUAUUGGACGCGAUUAGGACAGCCGCUGGCGAAAUAAAUUCUACA